UCUGCUGUAAGGAACCGGCGGCAAAUAAAAUUUGCAUAGCUUAGGCACAAUGAGGCGCUGCUGGGCGCACAAAUUCAACAAAAAAACGUGAGCCGCACAGCAAGCAAACCAAAAGCAGCAGCACCAACAACAGCAACAUUCAUAACAACAGCAACAAUAAUAACAAGAGCAACAACAGUAGCGACAAUAUUAACAUUAACCAAAACGAUUUGCAAACAUAAUAAAGCAAUACUACAUACAUACUUGAAUGUAUAUGAAAGGCACGCUCAACAUUCUUCAGCAACAGGAUUAGGUAUAACUGUAACUUGUAUACACGUACAUACAUACCUACGCAAAUACAAAAUAGAGUUUGAACGACAAAAAGCAGAUGGGCACGAAAUUGUGAAACAGCAGACGACAAUAGCAAGGAAGUGGGAGUGAGAGAGGGAGAUAGAGAGAAAAAGACACGCACGCUGCUUGGAAAAUGCAGCCACAACAACAAAAACAGCAACUACGUGUUUAGGCAACCCUAAGCAUUGAGAGGGAUGCGGGCGCUGUUGGCAGUAACAGUAACUACAUAAGAAACGUGCAACAAGGAAAGAAAAGACGACAAUCAGUCAAGAUGAGUGAUGAUCAAAUAACGCCCAAUGAUGAGAAAGUUGCCAAACAACAAGUCGUUGCCUACACCCAAAAAUCGCAAGUCAAACACGAGAAUCGCCACAUCCAAUUGGUGCGGGAGUACGGCUUUCAUCCUCGCACAAAGGCCUCCGUCGAGGAUGGCGAUGUGCUGCCGAAAAAGUUCGAGCCGUUCCCAGAGAAUAUGUACGGCAAGCCCCUCGAGGAGAUUGACACCUUUAUAUAUGAAGAGACUUUUUGUGUGGUCUCGAAAAGAUUUCGCAAAAACUAUAUACAUCGGUUUACGGGCACCAAGAGCCUUUUCCUCUUUUAUCCAUGGAGUCAGGCACGGCGCGUUUGUGUCUACAUUGCAACGAAUCAAUUCUUCGACUACUGCGUCAUGGCGACCAUUCUGUUCAAUUGCAUCUUCUUGGCCAUGACUGAAACUGUAGAGGAAGCUGAAUACAUCUUCCUCGCCAUUUACUCCAUUGAAAUGAUAAUCAAAAUUAUUGCCAAAGGCUUUCUGCUCAACAAGUAUACUUAUUUACGCAAUCCUUGGAAUUGGCUUGACUUUGUCGUUAUAACCAGUGGUUAUGCCACUAUUGGCAUGGAGGUCGGCAACUUGGCCGGUUUGCGUACAUUUCGAGUGCUGCGAGCGCUGAAAACAGUUUCCAUAAUGCCGGGCUUGAAGACCAUUAUUAACGCACUGCUACAUUCCUUCCGGCAGUUGGCAGAGGUCAUGACAUUAACUAUAUUCUGCCUGAUGGUAUUUGCCCUUUUCGCUCUACAGGUCUACAUGGGCGAGCUACGCAAUAAAUGUGUCCGCAACGUGCCCGCUGAUUGGAGCAAUGUGUCUCAUCUGGAUUGGCAAAUUUGGGUGAACGAUACGGACAACUGGCUAUAUGAUGAAGAGGAAUUGCCGAUGCUAUGCGGAAACUUAACCGGAGCUCGUCACUGCCCUCUUGGCUACACGUGCAUUUGCGUCGGCGACAAUCCCAACCAUGGGUACACGAACUUCGACAAUUUCUUGUGGUCCAUGCUAACGACAUUCCAGCUGAUCACAUUGGAUUACUGGGAGAACGUCUACAAUAUGGUGCUUGCAACUUGUGGUCCAAUGAGCGUAACAUUUUUUACGGUGGUUGUGUUUUUUGGCUCAUUCUAUUUAAUUAAUUUGAUGUUAGCUGUAGUUGCGUUAAGUUACGAAGAGGAAGCAGAAAUAACAAACGAGGAGCGCAAGAAAGACUUAUUGGAUCAUCGAGAUGAUUCUACGUUCAGCUUCGAUCCAUCUGUGUUGAACGUAAAAAAGCUGAAUAAGAACAAUAAGAAAAAGAUUGACUCCCGCAAGGGUGUGCUCCUUGCUUCGUACAGCAAAAAGAAAACGCGUCGAAAAAAGGUGAAAGGCGGCAAGGACAGUGCGAGCAAUAAUGGUAGCAAUGGAAAUGAGCAAAGCAAAAACCAUUCGGUUACGCCAAGCCCAGGACCAAGUCCACGAAAUAGCGCAACAGAGCGUCCAACAGCGUUGGCGUUGCAGGCUCAAAAACCAAUAGACCAGCAACAGUUGUCAAAAUGCGGCCAAGAGGCCACACAACAGCAGAAAAGUCGCAUCAGCUUUCAGGAAGCAAAUGUUAAGAAUCCCAACAUGCUGUAUCCCUCUGACUAUAAGGGGCAGCUGACUAUCAAUAGUCGACAAACAAGCUCCAAUUCGAGUGGUGUCAAUCGAGAAUCCUCACAGGACGAUUCGGGAGUUGUCGAUGACCACGAAGAGCAAGAUACCGGCAACGAAAUGGGCCAUGUAUCGACCGUGGAACUGGCUCUAUCGCCACGUGAGGUGCGCAUCAUAAAGUGCAAUGGCAAUAUAGCCCGUAUUAAAAAUCACAAUGUUUAUGCCCUGCAUCAGGAAUUCUCCUCUGAGAUUGUAGUAAUUGACGAUCUCCCUGAUCGCAAUUGUGAUCGCUGUGUUACCUGCUGUGCUGACUACGAGAGUUGGCUCCAAUUCCAGAAUUGUCUAUAUAAGGUUGUGCGGGACCCGCUUUUUGAAUUGGCCAUUACACUCUGCAUUGUCCUGAACACAGCAUUCCUGGCCAUGGAGCAUCAUGGCAUGAGUGAGAGCUUUCGCAAUGCGUUGGAUGUUGGCAAUAAGGUCUUCACAUCAAUAUUUACAUUUGAGUGCAUUGUGAAGCUAAUGGCGCUUUCCAAAGACUUCUUUCUGUGCGGGUGGAAUAUAUUUGAUCUGAUCAUUGUAACGGCCAGCCUGCUGGAUAUUAUAUUUGAAUUGGUUGACGGUUUGAGUGUAUUGCGUGGCCUUCGUUUGUUGAGAGUUUUGAAACUCGCACAGUCUUGGACAACAAUGAAAGUGCUGCUCAGUAUUAUUAUAUCGACAAUUGGGGCCCUCGGUAACCUGACGCUCAUUUUAGUUAUAGUCAUUUACAUAUUUGCUGUGAUCGGCAUGCAGUUGUUUUCGAGAGACUACACAGCCGACAAAUUUUACCCAGACCCGGUGCCAAGGUGGAAUUUUAAUGACUUCUUUCACUCAUUCAUGAUGAUCUUCCGAAUAUUGUGUGGGGAGUGGAUCGAGCCGUUGUGGGAUUGUAUGCGUGCCGAAGAAGAGCAAGGUGCGUCUACGUGCUUCGCCAUAUUCCUACCCACAUUGGUUAUGGGAAACUUUAUGGUUUUGAACUUGUUCUUGGCUUUGUUACUCAACAGUUUCAACUCCGAGGAGUUGAAAUCGAAAAAAGAGGAAGUUGGCGAGGAAUCGAAGCUGGCUCGCAGCAUAGAACGCGUUCGCGAUCUGAUAAGAAAGAAGCGGCAGGAGCGAAAAGAUCGCAAAGAACGCAAAUAUGCAGAAAAGUUCCAGCAGAUUGUGCUUGAGGCUCAACAGGCGGCAUCGGCGAACAUAACGAUUGAGAAACCCGGUGUGUUGGCCGAAACGAAAUUUCAUAGAUUGAGCUACCAAGAAUCUAUGAACCGCCCUGUCUCAGGUUCGGACUUCGGUUUUCAGAUUCCACUCAAAGAUGGUCUCCACACUAUUGUCGAUGAUCUGGAACCAUCACAGCCGACUAAUCAACAACAACAACAGCUGCAAACACUGAGCCAAGCCCAACAAUCCUAUCAGCCAACAACAGACGCACAAUGUUCUGACACGGACGCAUACCAUUUACCACCCACAUACGAAAGUGCCAUGUUGACGGCCAAUAACAGCCAAGACAAUAACAUCCGAAUCGACAACAACCUGACAAUAUACCCUCAAGCAGAACGCAGGUUACAGCACCAGCUCUCCUCAGGUGUUGGCACACAGCAGAAUGACUCACGCGAUGAGGCCACAUACACAGAGUCCAUUGAACUGCGCCUUCUGGGUCAGUACAAUUCGACAGACACCGAUCCAUAUGCGAACGACCAACGCAGUGGAUCGUUUGCGCGCGGCGACUCCUUUCAGGAUAACUCCUCGCGCCGCUAUGGCAGCGAAGAGCAUGACGAAGCCUAUUUGCAGUAUCAGAAGUCUCUGCUGACGCGCUCACCAAGCUAUCGGAAAUCACUGGAUCGCCUCUCCCAGUCCAGUGGACAUUCGCAGCGUUCGCUGCUGCCGUCGCGCAGCCUCAAGUCGGAAGAAAAUGUGAACUAUAACGUCGAUAUGCGUAGACACUCCAGUGGACAUUCCUUGAAUUCCAUAUCCAUUGAGCAGGAUGAGCUGCUCUCCCAGCAAGGAAGUCUGCGCGAAGAAUUGCUGAAUUGCGACCAAAAGGAAUUGUUUCAGUUCCUGCAGGAGGAUGAUAAGCGGAUUAACUUAUCAAUUGAGCCAACAGGCUAUGAUUCGCUAGAUAUUGAUGCAGAAGCCCUAUUAGGUCACGGUAGAAGGGAGCACAAAACUUCGACCAGUAGCAUUAAAUCUAAUCUGAGUUAUAUUUCCAACUCCAUAAUGCAAACCAUUGAGUCCCGACGAAAUGGCAGCCAUUCUAGCAAUGCCAACGAUCCGCAGGACAGUGAGCCACUCGUGGAGCAUUCAGAAUUCGACAAUAUCAUCCAGAGCUUUGAGAAAGAAUUGGAGGAGAUUAAGCGAUCAACCACCUCCUUGGAACGGAAACUCUCCACCCUGUCGGAGCCAUCGCCAGCGGCUGACGAAGCCACCAAAGCCAUAAUGGAUCACAUUGCCAUUAUUACUGGCGCCUCUGACCGUUCAGCUGCCGAUGAGGUUGUGCACCCAUUAAAUCCGUAUGACAGCUACGAUCUGUCCACAGUGCCACGACGUCCUCAGUCUGUGAGUGCAGCAGCCCAACGGCAGUCUGUGAAGCUGAAACGGCGCAGCCUAGAGAAGCAACGAAAAAUCGACGAAGACUUCAGUAUAUCGAACGAAAUACGCAAAAUCUGUGAUCAAAUACACGCGCCCUUUGUGGCAAUGGAAGCCAUGGCUGUUGCUGCCACCAGCACUGCUGGCGGUCAAUCGCCGUUCAUGCGGCGUAAGAUCGAUCCAUUCACUGUGCAGUUUGAUCGGUUCAAGCGUCUAUCAUUGAUAGAGCGUGUGGAGGAGCUCCCGGAGGAGGACAAACCGAUAUCGACACUGCGCAUUGAAUCCGAGAAGAUGCCCCGCAAGUAUCUCAACAGUGACAAGCUGCGCAUGGAUAGUUUAUCGUUGAAGAGCACUAACUCAUAUGAGAAUCUCUUGAUACAAAAGCAAUUGUGCCACAGUGUGCCGAAUAAUGGCUCCUUGACCUGCAUGUCUGCCACUGUGCCUGCCACACCGCCAACUUCCUUGAAGUCAAACAUUGAACCUCCAACACUGGCGCAAAUUUCAUCGCUGAAAGCGACUCCCCCGCUGGCUGCCCUAACGGAACACCAGCAGCACUUUCAUGCGACGAGCAUACAGACCACGACAAUGCACCCAACGGCUGCUGGCGUGGCCUUGCCGAUGGCAAAGCGUCGUGCCGAGCAUCCUCAAUCGACUCUAGACAAAGCCGCUUCCUUUCAAUCCGCUCGCACCGAAUCGCACAGUUCUGGUGCCGCCGACACCAGCUCGGCCCUGGCACUCGGUUACACCAGCUACCUGUCCAAUGGCAAUCGGGAAAAGACUGAACCGCAGUCGCAGAAGACGUCGGCGUUUUCACGACUAACCGAAAAACCAUGGCAUUGUUUGGUUUCCUACGUAGACGAUCUCACUGUCGGUGGGAGACGUAACUCGCAGGGCGCAUAUAAUGAUCCCAUGACUUUUCCGAGCUUUGGACAAGAAAAACCGCCAAAAGUGCCAGAUGACUGCUUCCCACAGAAGUGCUACGAUCACUUCUAUUUUCGAUGUCCGUGGUUUAUGUCUUGCAUGGAUACGAAGAGUGCAAAGCAUUGGACACGUGUAAGGACGGCUGUCUUGACGGUUGUCGAUACUCCAGCCUUUGAGUGGUUUGUACUAGUGCUGAUCUUUGCGUCGAGUAUUACGCUCUGCUUUGAGGAUAUAUACCUGGACAGUAAUAAAACAUUGAAACGUAUACUCUAUUGGACAAACUUGACGUUCUGCCUAAUAUUCGUUGUUGAAAUGGUACUCAAAUGGUUGGCUCUGGGAUUUUCCAAAUAUUUCACCAGUUUUUGGACAAUACUCGACUUUAUAAUUGUGUUUGUUUCUGUAUUUUCUUUGCUCAUUGAAGAGAACGAAAAUCUUAAGGUGUUGCGCUCUCUACGCACGCUUAGAGCUUUGCGCCCGUUGAGAGCAAUCUCCCGGUGGCAGGGAAUGCGGAUUGUAGUAAAUGCUCUCAUGUAUGCAAUACCAUCAAUUUUCAAUGUGCUUUUAGUUUGUUUGGUUUUUUGGUUGAUUUUCUCAAUAAUGGGUGUGCAAUUUUUUGGUGGUAAAUUUUUUAAAUGCGUCAAUGAAAUGGGAGAGUUGCUGCCAAUUACUGAAGUCAACGAUAAGUGGGAUUGCUUCGAACAGAACUACACAUGGAUAAACUCAAAGAUAACCUUCGAUCAUGUGGGAAUGGGGUAUUUGGCUCUCCUUCAAGUUGCCACUUUUGAGGGCUGGAUGGAAGUGAUGGCCGAUGCUGUAGAUGCGCGAGGCGUUGACCUCCAGCCACAGAGAGAAGCGAACUUAUAUGCCUAUAUUUAUUUUGUAAUAUUUAUUGUUUGCGGAUCGUUCUUCACACUCAAUCUGUUUAUUGGAGUUAUUAUUGAUAAUUUCAAUAUGCUCAAGAAGAAGUACGAAGGAGGAGUGUUGGAAAUGUUUCUCACCGAAUCUCAAAAACACUAUUACACCGCUAUGAAAAAAUUGGGACGAAAGAAACCACAGAAAGUUAUUAAGCGACCUAUAAAUCAUUUUUUAGCUAUGUUUUAUGAUUUAUCCAAUUCGAGAAGAUUCGAAAUAGCGAUCUUUGUACUGAUUUUUCUAAAUAUGCUUACCAUGGGCAUAGAGCAUUACGAUCAACCACACGCAGUAUUCUUUAUACUGGAAGUAAGCAAUGCAUUUUUCACAACAGUCUUUGGAUUGGAGGCGAUCGUAAAAAUAGUUGGACUACGCUAUCAUUACUUCACGGUGCCUUGGAAUGUUUUUGAUUUUUUAUUGGUGCUGGCCUCCAUAUUUGGCAUACUUAUGGAGGAUAUUAUGAUUGACUUGCCGAUAAGUCCAACGCUGUUGCGUGUGGUGCGCGUCUUCCGCAUUGGACGCAUCCUUCGAUUGAUCAAGGCCGCCAAGGGCAUACGGAAGCUCCUUUUUGCUCUCGUCGUCUCGCUGCCCGCACUCUUCAACAUCGGCGCUCUUCUGGGGCUUAUAACGUUCAUCUAUGCCAUUCUGGGCAUGUCCCUGUUCGGUCACGUCAGGCUGCAAGGCGCACUGGAUGAUAUGGUUAAUUUCCAGACAUUCGGACGCAGCAUGCAGCUGCUGUUUCGCUUGAUGACCUCGGCGGGUUGGAACGACGUUCUGGAAUCGCUGAUGAUACAGCCACCCGACUGUGAUGCCUUCUUCAAUAAGCAGACGAACGGCGACUGCGGUCAUCCGUUGCUGGCCAUUACGUAUUUCACCAGUUUUAUUAUAAUCAAUUAUAUGAUUGUGAUCAAUAUGUAUAUUGCUAUUAUUUUGGAGAACUUUAACCAAGCGCAUCAGGAGGAGGAGAUUGGAAUUGUCGAGGACGACUUGGAGAUGUUUUACAUACGUUGGUCCAAAUACGAUCCACAUGCCACCCAAUUUAUACACUUCUCGCAACUGUCCGAUUUUAUUGCCUCUCUCGAUCCACCAUUGGGCAUCUCAAAGCCUAAUAAUGUCGCUUUAGUGUCAUUUAAUUUGCCCAUUUCGAAGGGUAAUAAAAUACACUGUCUCGACAUUUUGCACGCGCUAGUUAAGCACGUGCUAGGUCAUGUCGAGGAGACCGAUAACUUCAAACAGUUGCAGGAACAAAUGGAUGUCAAGUUCAAGAAACAGUUUCCAACCCGUAAAGAAUUGGAAAUUGUUUCAUCAACACGGAUCUGGAAGCGCCAAGAGAAGGCGGCCAAGACCAUUCAAAUGGGCUGGAAGGACUAUUUGCGGCGAAAAAGGGAAAAGGAGCGCUCCAAUUCUGGCGACAGUGCCACACAAAACUCAAGUCCUGGUGGCUGGCAGUCAAAGCUAUCUGCACUCAAUUUCUUCCACUUGCAAGUCAGCCGCCGAGGUACUGCUUGCUCGAGUCGCGCCUCAUCACGCAAAUCUUCGCGCGCUUCGGAUGCAUCUGAUUUGAGUGAGCUUGCCGGCCCGUGGCUAAAUCUGCCGCUGAUGCUUGUCUCCGGCGCCGAUGACGUGGUUAAGGAUAUUAAGCAGCAAAGCGACGAAAUGGGCAAGCGCGGUAGCAUAUUUGUGGAAGCGCCUAGAGCAAGUCGUCGCCGAAGCUUUUAUAAUUUCUUUUUGCGUCAUCAGGAUGCUGUCGAUGACAGUUUAACUUCACCUUCAGUACAUAGAAAAACAGCAAUAAACACCAACGCCACCAACAAUACCACCUCAAUCUCUGCCUCAGCCUCUGCCUGCGCCACCGAAAGCGACAGACAAACCCAUCAACAGGUAGUGCCAACUCCAACGCGUAAGCGCGCCUCGAGUUUUAUACGCAAGAAACCACCCCUAGAAAGAGCGGAUGGCCCUGCCCCAGAGGUUAUAGUUACGAAGCCGUCGCCGGACCAGCAAAUGCAUCCACUAACUCUACGGCCGGAUAAUGCCACCCUGGUACAUGUCCUGGUGCAUCGCGAGAGUGAAGAGUACAAGGACGAGGAGGACGAGAAUAGCCCCAGCACACCUAUCAACGGCACACAGGAGAAGCCUCUAAAGCCUCCGCAGAUACGGAUUAUCCAAGGCUCCAUGGAAGGCAUCGCAGAGAUGGCCACGUGCAGAACGCCAGUUGUGCAGAUAAUGGUCGACAGUCCCAAGGAACCACCGCGUGGAGACUUUAGUGGGGAAUAUACCGCAAUGACAUAUCCAGCUACAGCAACGCCAUCACCAACGCCAGCGAUUGACAUCGAUGCGCCCAUUGAUGUCAAUGUACAGGGUGACACAUCAAAGGUGUUCUAUGACUACAAUCCUGAUAAUAGCAAUGAUAUAGUUGAACUAGAUGCUCUCGUUAAUGAAUCCCAGCAACUGGACAGAGCAACAGUUGACGAUGCUGAGCUCAGCGAAGAUGAUCCUGAUGAUGAUCCUGAUAAUGAUAUUGAUAACGAUCCUGACAAUGAUGAUGAUGAUAAGCAAAGAUGACGUUCAGCAAAUGCAGCAUCCCAAGAGGAACACUCCAGCAGCAGUUCCUGGGGUUCAGGUGCCGUUUCGAGCUCUAGCACCUCAACCGAAACGGCUAAUCAGUCAACAGCACCGGCUUCCACAGCCGAAGAGGCUGAGCGCAAACGCCUAAGUUGACAAUCUCUAGUCUGAGUACGAUUCUCAUGUGCAUUUUCGACAUUAGUAGCAUACCGUAGAAACUUGUUAAGCAAAGGCGAGGCCGAACCAUCGUGUCUUUGUAAUCAUAAUCAAGUAAUCAUAUAAUAGUCGCUUAAAUAUUUACAACAAACUAAGAUAAAUAACUUGUUUAUAUGUACACGUAUAUCAUUCAACCAGCUGGAAGAAUUCGAACAUUAUACUUUCUAAGCGUCACCAGCGGCCGGCCUGUUUGUCCAACUGGCUAAGUUCAUAUGAAAUCAAUAUAAACUCUGUGUUAACAAGAACGUGCAUUAAUCCGUACAGUGUGUACACGUUGUAAUACUCGAAUGAAAUCAAAAACAAAGCAAAAAAAGAAAUAAGAAAAAAAACUCUUUACAUACUACUUAAUAGGCAUUCUUUUUCCUCUAAUUUAGAAUGUGCAGUAGUCUGUCAAGUCAUAUCUGAAAAUUUCAAAGAUAUUUUGAAGGUUGUUUUAAUAUACAUAUGUAUAAGCGUAAUAGAUACAUAUGUAUGUAUGUGUACAUAGAAACUGACAUUAAUCUCGCAGUUUAGAUU